AUGCAGCUUCUCAUUUCUUGUGGGGAAGUUUCAUCUUCCCAAUUUACUGUACUUCGCUUACUCAACCAAAGCCUCGAUUUUGUAAGCGACAAUGUCUCCAGGAUCUUUGCUCGUAUCUUCACCAAUCUAAGGGACUUUGAAAUGCGUCUUUCGUGUACUGACCGUCCUCAAUCCAUUCCUGUCGAUCAUUCUCACUUGUACACGGAGAACUGGUUUUCUGAUAAGAAAGAUUAUGACCAGAAAGGAGACCCAGAAGCUAUUUUCAACGUGCUCGAUUCAAUCUUGAAAAGUAGUUUGGAUCGUCUGGCUUCUUUGAGGGAGAGUGUAUGUAGGAGAAAGAGCUUCAGAUACGAUGAAACUAUAUCUAUGCACACGUCUAUAAUGAGGGAUCUCUGUUUACAAGGGAAGUUGGACGCUGCUCUCUGGCUACGGAAAAAGUUGAUACAUGGUGGAUUUAUUCCAGGUUUGAUCACACACAAUCAUCUUUUGAAUGGGUUGUGUAAAUUAGGUAAUAUAGAGAAGGCGGAUGGGCUUAUUAGAGAGAUGUGGGAGACGGGUCCUUCUCCCAACUGUAUCUCUUAUAACACCUUCAUCAAGGGUCUUUGCAGUGUUAACAAAGUAGAUAAAGCUUUGUAUCUUUUCAGUACAAUGGAUAAAUAUGGGGUUAAGCCAAAUAGAGUGACUUGCAACAUAAUCGUGCAUGCACUUUGCCAGAAAGGUCUUAUGGGAAGCACAAUUCUUGAAGAGAUAUUAGAUACUAGCCAGGCGAGCGCACCCUUGGAUAUAGUCACUUGUACCAUUCUGAUGGAUAGUUGUUUUAAGGAUGGAAAUAUAGUUCAAGCCCUUAGGAUUUGGAAGGAGAUGUCGCAGAAAGAAGUCCCUCCUGAUUCAGUUGUGUACAAUGUCAUUAUUCGUGGUUUAUGUUCGAGUAAAAAAAUAGUAGCUGCUUAUGGGUUCAUGUGUGACAUGGUAAAGAGAGGAGUAACUCCUGAUGUGUUCGCUUACAAUACUCUAAUAAGCGCCUUGUGCAAGGAGGGAAAGUUUGAUGAGGCAUGUGAUAUCCAUGGUCAGAUGCAAAGAUGUGGUGUUGCUCCUGAUCAGAUCUCAUACAAAGUUAUCAUUCAAGGUCUAUGUAUACACGGAGAUGUGGCCAGGGCGAAUGAGUUCCUUUCAAGCAUGCUAGAAAGUUAUCUGCUUCCAGAUGUUCUGCUGUGGAAUGUGAUUAUUGAUGGUUAUGGAAGAUACGGAGAUACUAGCAGCGCUGUAUCUGUUCGAAAUCUAAUGCUUUCUUACGGUGUUAAACCAAAUAUUUACACAAACAAUGCUUUGAUUCAUGGGUAUGUGAAAGGUGGAAGAUUCAAUGAUGCAUGUCAGUUCAAAGAUCAAAUGAGAUAUACCAAAAUCUACCCGGAUGCUACCACCUAUAAUCUUCUAUUAGGUGCUGCUUGUACAAUGGGUCGCUUGUGGUUGGCUUUUCAGUUAUAUGAUGAAAUGCUGAAGAGAGGAUGUCGACCUGAUAAUAUUACUUAUACUGAGCUGAUUAGAGGGCUCUGUUGGAAGGGUCGGUUGCAGGAGGCUGAAAACCUUUUGUUUAGAAUGCAAGCGUCUGGUAUAACAUUGGAUCAUGUUCCAUAUUGGAUUCUUGUGAAGAAAUAUACCAGAUUGCGGCGACUAGACAAGGCGUGUUUAGUUUACAAAAAGUGGUUAAUGACAAGGAACGGAGAAGCUGCUUGUCCAAGCGACCUAAAUCACAUGCAUACAGAACCGCAGUAAUAUGCUACUUGAAACAAGAGACAAAAGUUGUAAUUAUAUUCAGAUUAUGGUGGAUGAUUUUGGCUCUCGGGAUACACACGGCUAUUUCUUCAAAAAAACUCCCAGUAUAUUUUCUUGUCUGAAACUUGACAAGCUGUUCAAUGCAAAGAAUAUGAAAAUCUAUUGCUUUCAAGCACCAUCUUGGCUUAUU